UCUACUAAAGUAAAACAACUACCAAACAACAAACAAAACAAAAUGUUCAAAUACUUCGCACUCGUUUUCGUGGCCCUGUUCGCCUACGCUGCUGCUGAGCCCAAACCAGCUGUCGUCGCUGCGCCCUUCGCAUACUCAGCCCCAUUGGUUGCUUCACCCUACGCUGCUGCCUAUGCUGCUCCCUACGCCGCUUACGCCGCUUCUCCCUAUGCCGCCUACGCUUCACCCUACGCUGCCUACUCCGCUUACCCAUACAGCGCCGCCUAUGUGCUCCGCAAGUAGAUGGAAUGUAGUAGCAGCAAAUCUGUGAUAGUAACUGGAACUGAUUGGAAAUGGAAUUUUCUUAAAAAAAAAAAACAAUUCUUUUAA